AUGAAGCUUCAAUCAUUACUUUGCCUGGUCUAUGCCUUGGGUGCGGCUGCAUUUCACAUUCCUUUAGCUGAGCGUCUUCAGCCUUCAAGAUCCAAAGGAUGCUCUGGAAAUACUCCCAAGACCAGAUCAAAAUGGUGCAGCUACGACAUACACACCGAUUAUGAUUCUGUUGUGCCCUACACUGGCGUCAUAAGAGAAUAUACGUUUAACAUUGACGAGGUUACUGUUGCUCCAGAUGGAUUCUCUCGCGGUGCUAUGGCAGUCAAUGGCCAGAUUCCUGGUCCCACAAUCUAUGCAGACUGGGGUGAUGAGGUUGUUGUUCAUGUCACCAACCACCUGGACACUUCCAAGAAUGGAACCAGCAUUCAUUGGCAUGGCAUGCGUCAAUUGAACACGAACCAAAAUGACGGCGUGGUGUCAAUUACUCAGUGCCCCACUGCACCCGGGUCAUCCAUGACCUACAGAUGGCGUGCAACCCAAUAUGGCUCCUCAUGGUAUCAUUCUCACAUUGGGCUGCAAGCCUGGGAGGGUGUCCAUGGCGGCAUUGUCAUCAACGGGCCUGCAAGUGCCAACUAUGAUCACGACACAGGCACAAUGAUUCUUUCUGAUUGGUGUCAUCAGACCGCAGACGAGCUUUACCUCUCAGCGCAAACAAACGGCCCGCCAACUCUUGAUAAUGGCUUAAUUAACGGAACCAAUGUGUAUGGCGACCUCGGUUCUCGCUUCAAAAUGCAGGUCAACAAGGGCGAGUCAUAUCGGCUCAGAAUUGUUAAUGCUGCAAUUGACACUCACUUCAAAUUCAUGAUCGAUAAUCAUAAAUUGACCGUCAUUUCUACUGACCUGGUGCCGAUCAAGCCUUAUACGACUGAGUUUAUCAACAUUGGAAUGGGUCAACGCUACGAUGUGAUCGUAACAGCCGAUCAGGCAAAGGUUGCCAGUGACUUCUGGAUCCGAGCAAUUCCUCAGACUUCGUGCUCCGAGAACGACAAUGUUGACAACAUCAAAGGCAUUUUGCAUUACAAAAAGAAAGCCGGAACCCCCAAAACCAGCGCUUAUAAAUUCGUCGAUGGCUGUGUCGACGAAGACAUGAGCAAUAUCGUCCCAAUCGUCCAAAAAUCCGUCUCUGCUGCGAACUGGGAAGGUCUAGAGGAUGUAACCGUCAACUUCAAUUCAGACAAGCUCUUCCGCUGGUACCUGAACAGCACCACAAUGGAGAUAGAAUGGAAUGAUCCCACACUGCUACAGAUCCACAACCACGUUACCGACUUCGGGAAUUCAAGCGGUGUCAUCGAGGUGCCAAAUGCAGGUGAAUGGGUAUACUUAAUGAUCAACACUACCAUGCCUGUGGCACACCCUAUCCAUCUCCACGGACAUGAUUUUUUUGUUCUUGCGCAGGGAACCAAUCCCUGGGAUGGCACUACACUUAUAUCGAAUCCACCGCGGCGUGACACGGCCAUGCUGUACAGUUCGGGGUAUCUGCUCAUUGCUUUUGAGACGGAUAACCCUGGGGCUUGGCUUAUGCAUUGUCAUAUUGGUUGGCACACGUCGGAAGGUUUUGCAUUACAGUUUGUUGAGCAGUAUGACAAGAUCCACAAUCUGAUUGAUUACCCGUCGCUGAACCAGAACUGUCAAGCUUGGAACAGAUAUGACAAUGCUUUUGGUAUUGAACAGGAAGACUCUGGAAUUUAA